UACGUUCCCAAAGAUGACAGCUUUCACGCCACCAAAAAAGCCUGCUAUCAGGUCAGCUCCGGUGUGAUCGCCAUAUUCGGUCCACAGGAGGACAAGUUGGGCGCUCACGUCCAGUCCCUGUGCGACGCCCUCGACAUACCGCACAUCGAGUCCAGAGAGCAUAACAUUCCCAUUAAUAACGCCAAAGAGUUCUCCAUUAACUUACAUCCCGGCGCGUAUGCCAUCUCACAAUCGCUCAGACUUUUGGUCAAAUUUCUCAAUUGGACACAAGUGGCCGUCAUCUACGAGGACGACAUCUCAUUGAUAAGUUUACAAGAAUUGGUUCGUUUGCCGCUCCAGAAGAAUGUACAGUUUAUAUAUAGAAAAAGUAGCAAGGAGAACUUUCGGGAAACCCUACGUGAUCUCAAAAUGAGAAAUAUUUACUCCAUUAUUGUGGACACAAAACCCGAAAGCCUUCCCCUAUUAUUAACGGCCGAUUUGGAAACUUUCAAUUUGGAGGACUUUAAGUACAACUAUGUGAAUAUGACUGCCUUCCGAUUAGUCGAUUCCGACAAUCCAUUAGUUAGACAUACGCUCAGAGAUAUCGAGCGUUUCCAACCGAUCGGCAAUAAUAUACUCAACAAAAGUAAUGUCAUUCAGGCCGGUCCGGCGCUGAUGUAUGACGCGGUGUACGCUCUGACCCGAGGUUUGCAUUCAUUGCAACAAAACUCUCCAUUUCUGUUGAGAUUCCCGAACAACGCUUCGUGUGAUUCAGAGAUUUCAUGGACUGACGGCUCAUCUCUUUUUAAUUAUAUCGAUUCCUGUUAUAGCGUUAGUAAUCCUUAUGGAGAGCAACACAACAGCUCUGAUGAGGAUUAG